UCACCAACCAUUGACCCACCAAACCCAUCUUAAAUACCCAUUCAUCCCCCAAGAAAAAAUGUUCAAAUCCACCAAUGUCUCAAUACCUCCUCACCCUCUCCUACCUACUCCUCCUCCUCCUCUCCGCUGCCGCCCAUGGCGGCGACGGCGACUCCACCACCGACUCCCCUCCAAAUCUCCGGUCCAGAUCCCUGAUCUUGGUGAAGAUAUGGUGCUUGAUGCUCGUUUUCAUCGGGACUUUUAUUGGUGGAAUUUCGCCCUAUUUCAUGAAAUGGAAUGAGGGGUUUUUGGUCCUCGGGACUCAAUUCGCUGGCGGAGUGUUCUUGGGGACUGCAAUGAUGCAUUUCUUGAGCGAUUCGAAUUCGACAUUUGGGGAUUUGACGAGUAAACCCUACCCGUUCGCUUUCAUGUUGGCUUGUGCUGGUUAUUUGCUCACCAUGCUCGCUGAUUCUCUGAUUUCUUUCGUUUAUGGGAGGCAGACAAAUGGGUCAAACGGUGAUGUCGAGCUUCAAGGUAACGGGAAAAGCAAUGGCAAUCGAAUAACUUCACAAUCACAAUAUCAGGUACAUGACGGUACAGAGAAUCACUUUGUGAAAGCCCCGCUCCCGACUGCCACAUCAGUCGGGGACAGCAUUUUGUUGAUAGUUGCAUUGUGUUUCCAUUCGGUUUUUGAGGGCAUUGCAAUUGGAGUUGCAGAAACACAAGCCGACGCUUGGAGAGCUCUCUGGACGGUCAGUCUUCACAAGAUAUUCGCAGCCGUUGCAAUGGGAAUUGCUCUUCUCAGGAUGAUUCCAGACCGUCCCCUCUUGUCUUGUGCAGCCUAUGCUUUUGCGUUCGCCAUUUCAAGUCCAAUCGGUGUGGCCAUUGGAAUCAUAAUAGACGCCACAACUCAGGGCACUGUGGCAGACUGGAUUUAUGCCAUUUCAAUGGGGCUGGCUUGUGGGGUUUUCAUCUAUGUGUCAAUAAAUCAUUUGUUGUCAAAGGGUUAUGUGGCUCUGAAGUCAGUGAAGGUUGACACACCACAUUACAAGUUCUUGGCCGCCAUGUUGGGCAUCGGGGUGAUUGCUGUUGUAAUGAUUUGGGACUGAUUUGGGACACUUGAUCAAAGCAGAGUGAAAACAGAAAAUAAAAAAACGAAAACAGAACAGAAACAGAGUGAAAUAUAGCAGUGAAUGUUGAGCAGAGCAGUAUAUAGAACACAUGAGGAGAUCAAUAUUACUAUGGAUGAUCAUUGUAUGUAAAUCUUUCCUUCAAUGAUUGCUCAAUUUUUGUCAUGAAAUACUUGUAGAACACAUUUGUAAUUUUAUUGCCUUGCUCUUGAUUCCUCCAUUCUCGUAUUAGUUUCCUAAAAAAAUUGAUUGAAGGUUAUUAUGGCUCUCUGAAGAACAUGACGUUCUGCUUUGUGAAUAAUUAUGAAGAAAAAUGCUUGCCAACUCU